GCCAGCGUCAUAAUUUUUCUGAUGGCGGUCUCGUUAUAGUCGGUAGUAAUAAAUAGUAAAUAAACGGCGAUUGUCAAUUAACUGGCUCGUGUUCAAUACAAUAAUUUAAUAGUUAACGAUGCUCAUUUAAUUUAUUGAACGCAAAACAUGUAUAUCAAACAGGUUAUUAUUCAAGGCUUCAAAUCGUACAGAGAACAGACUGUUGUAGAGCCUUUCGAUCCUAGGCACAAUGUAGUCGUUGGAAGAAAUGGUUCAGGAAAGAGUAAUUUCUUCUAUGCCAUCCAAUUUGUACUGAGCGAUGAGUUUUCUCAUCUACGACCUGAACAGAGACAGGGAUUACUUCAUGAAGGAACUGGACCCCGGGUGAUUUCUGCUCAUGUAGAAAUCAUUUUUGAUAAUUCAGAUGGAAGAUUGCCCAUUGACAAGGAUGAAGUUUAUUUGAGAAGAGUAAUUGGUUCCAAAAAGGACCAAUAUUUUCUUAAUAAAAAAAUUGUAACAAGAAGUGAUGUGAUGAACCUUUUGGAAUCAGCUGGUUUUUCUAGAUCCAAUCCGUACUACAUUGUUAAGCAGGGAAAGAUCAAUCAAAUGGCAACAGCACCUGAUUCUAUGCGAUUAAAGUUGUUGCGAGAAGUGGCAGGAACAAGAGUCUAUGAUGAUAGAAGAGAGGAAUCAAAAGCUAUUCUUAAAGAAACUGAAGGAAAACUUGAAAAAAUUCAGGAAUUUCUACGUACUAUAGAGGAAAGGUUGCAGACUUUAGAAGAAGAAAAAGAAGAAUUGAAGGAGUAUCAAAAGUGGGACAAACAACGAAGGAGUCUUGAGUAUAUUAUUCACGAACGUGAAUUGAAAGAAAACAAACGUAAACUAGAAGAACUAGAAGAUUCUCGAACAAGGAGUGGCGAAGAACAAGCUAAACUAACAGCAGAAGUUCAAAAAGCUCAAGAGAGCGUUAAACAAGCUACUAAAAAACAUAAGGAAGCAAAAAAAGAAGCUCAAACUGCUAAGGAAGAACGGGAUACACUUAGUGCUGAACAGCAACAACUAUUAAAAGAGAAGACAAAGCUGACAUUUACGAGAAAUGAUUUGAUGGAGGAAGUUAGGGGAGACAAUGACAGUCGUAAACGGGCUGAAGAAGAAUUGGACAAAUUAAAGUGUCAAAUUGCUGCAAAGGAAGCUGAACUAGAAAAUAUCAAACCCUUGUAUGAAGAAAUGAAGCGUAAAGAAGAGGAGAUAACAAGAGAGUUAGCAUUAAAAGAACAAAAACGGAAAGAAUUAUAUGCUAAGCAAGGAAGAGGAAGUCAAUUUACCACUAAAGCUGAAAGAGAUAAUUGGAUUCAACAAGAAUUAAAACAACUGAAUAAGCAGAUAAAAGACAAAGAAGAACAUGAAAAGAAAAUUACAGAAGAUUUGAAACGAGAUGAAGAAAAGCGAGCUAAUCUCGAGAAAAAAAUAGGGGAUGAUACGCGAGAAAUGGAACGUCAGAAAACUUCAGUAGAUGAACAUAAUAAGCAGUAUUAUGACCUUAAUAAACUAAAGGACCAAUGUCAAACCACACGCAAGGAACAAUACCGGCAAGAAAGUAUUUUUCAACUUGAAUUGUCGGGAUUGAAAGAAGACUUGGCCAAAGCUGACCAAAGUCUGAGAUCAAUGGCUGGAAAACCUAUUCUUAAUGGUAGAGAUAGUGUUCGCAGAGUUCUCGAUACAUUUAGGCAACGACCUGAUAUGGCAAAUGAAGUGAGUAGUUAUUAUGGUCCCGUGAUAGAAAAUUUUAACUGCGACAAAAGUGUAUAUAUGGCUGUUGAGGUAACGGCUGGUAAUCGUCUAUUUCAUCAUAUUGUUGCAACGGACAAAUUCGGUACUAAAAUUCUUAAAGAAAUGAACAACCAAAAAUUACCCGGUGAAGUAACAUUUAUGCCACUUAAUCGUCUGCAUGUAAGACCCAUUGAAUAUCCAAAAACUGACGAUGCUAUUCCAAUGAUACAAAAACUAGAAUACGAUGAAAAAUAUGACAAGGCUUUAAGGUACAUUUUCGGAAAGACUCUUAUUUGCCGUAAUUUAGAAACGGCAACUACUCUAGCUCGUACUUCUGGCCUCGAUUGUGUAACAUUAGAAGGAGAUCAAGUAUCUUCAAAGGGUUCACUAACUGGAGGUUACUUCAAUACUUUGAGAUCGCGCUUAGAAAUCCAGAAGAACAGGUCUGAAUUGAUGGCUAAAAUCAAUGAUUUAGAGACGAAGUUAGCCACAUUGAAAGAGGAAAUUAGAAAUGCUGAUCGAAACAUCAGUUCGUAUGUAAGCGAGAUGCAACGUACAGAAACAAAGAAUAGUAAAGCAAGAGACAUAUACGAUAAGAUGAAAGGUGAAAUUCGUAUAAUGAAAGAAGAGCUUAGCGCGAUCGAAAGGUACAAGGUACCAAAAGAAAAAAGUUUACAACAAUGUAAAUCAAGUUUAGAAGCUAUGUAUGCUACAAAGGAAGGUUUGGAAAGUGAACUUCAUCAAGAUUUGAUGGAACAGUUGUCGGUUGCAGAUCAACACCAAGUCGAUCAACUAAAUGAUUCUAUAAGGCGUUUGACAAAAGAAAACAAGGAAGCUUUUGUUAAAAGAAUGAAGCUCGAAGCUGAAAAAAAUAAAUUAGAAAAUUUGUUAACAAACAAUUUAGUUCGUAGGAAAGAUGAAUUAGUCCAAGCUUUGCAAGAGAUCUCAGUAGAAGAUCGGCAAAGAGCACUAGAUAAUGCAAAUACUCAGUUAGGUGAAAUUGAAAAACGAUUAUUAAAAAAUCAAGCUGAAUUCAAAGCCCAAAAUGAAAAGGUUGCUGCCGCGGCCAAAAAGCAAAAAGCAGAAGCUUUGGAAGUUGAAAAGUGGAGAGGAAAAGAAAAAGAGGCGCAAGAAAAAAUGGAAUCUGACGCUAAAGACUUUGAAAAGUUAGCAAGUAAAAUGAACAUGCUGCAACAAAACAUAACGGACCUUACACAAAAAAUUACUGAACUUGGUGCUCUGCCCAAUAAAGAGUCAUACACAAAGUUCAGUAAUAUGUCGACCAAACAACUGUUUAAAAAAAUGGAAGAAGCAAAUAGUCACUUGAAGAAAUACAGCCACGUGAACAAAAAAGCUUUGGACCAAUUUAUGUCAUUCAGUGAACAAAAGGUAAAACUUGUCAAGAGAAAAGAGGAACUGGAUAGAGCUGAUGAAAAAAUUAAGGAACUUAUGAUGGUACUUGAGCAAAGAAAAUGUGAAGCUAUUCAAUUUACUUUCAAACAAGUAAGCAAAUACUUUUCUGAAGUUUUCAAAAAGCUUGUACCAUCAGGACAUGCACAAUUAGUAAUGAAAACUGCGGAUGGCGAAGAUGACGGUACUGAGACUAUGACAGAAACUGCUGAUUCAGAUCGUUUUAUAGGAGUUGGUAUUCGAGUGUCAUUUACGGGACACAAGGGCGAAAUGAGAGAAAUGAAUCAGUUGUCGGGAGGCCAAAAGUCUCUCGUUGCAUUAGCGAAUAUUUUUGCUAUUCAAAAGUGCGAUCCAGCACCAUUUUAUUUGUUUGACGAAAUUGACCAGGCUCUCGACGCACAGCAUAGAAAAGCAGUAGCCGAUAUGAUCCACGAACUCAGUUCAGAAGCUCAAUUCAUUACAACUACUUUCAGACCAGAAUUGUUGCAACAUGCAAACAAAUUUUACGGAGUUAAGUUUAGAAAUAAAGUUUCUCACGUUGAGUGCGUGACAAGAGAAGAGGCAGCUGACUUCGUAGAAGAUGACCAAACUCAUGCAUAGACGGAGAGAAUCUUUGAUCUUCUUGUUUUACAUCCAAGACAGAAAUGUUUUAGUGCAAAAAGACUCAAAUUGGUAUUCGACCAAAAAAGAAGAAAGACGUCAAGGUUGUAUGGAUGAUAGAAUCAAAGAAUAUUUUAUUAUUAGUUUGAUAGUAUCAUAAAUGUUUUAAAACUAAAUUAUAAGAUGGAAAUUUAUAUAAUUUUCUAAGAAUGAAUAUUCGAAAAAGAAGAUUAGAUUCCGAAGAUUUUCGAAAGAUCUUUUCCGAAUCUACGUAUAAUAUAAAUCCUGUGUAAAAAAUUGUAUGACAUUGUUACUUUUAGAAUAAUUUUUUAUAAAAUUGAUUAAAAAA